GCUCCCGGGGCUCGGCGCGCGGGCCUGGGGACUCGGGAGCCCGCCGUCGGCGCCGCAGCAUGGGGCGCUUCCGUGGGGGUCUGCGGUGCAUCAAGUACCUGCUGCUCGGCUUCAACCUGCUCUUCUGGCUGGCAGGAUCGGCUGUCAUUGCUUUUGGACUAUGGUUUCGCUUUGGAGGCACUAUGAAAGAUCUAUCCUCGGAGGACAAGUCCCCGGAGUAUUUCUACAUGGGACUCUAUGUGCUGGUUGGAGCCGGAGCCCUGAUGAUGGCCGUGGGGUUUUUUGGGUGCUGUGGAGCCAUGCGGGAGUCUCAGUGUGUUCUCGGAUCAUUUUUCACCUGCCUCCUGGUGAUAUUUGCUGCUGAAGUAACCACUGGAGUGUUUGCUUUCAUAGGCAAGGAUGUGGCUAUACGCCACGUGCAGAGCAUGUAUGAAGAGGCUUACAGUGAUUACCUUAAGGACAGGGAAAAGGGAAACGGGACGCUCAUUACCUUCCACUCAGCAUUUCAUUGCUGUGGCAAAGAAAGCUCUGAACAGGUCCAACCUACGUGUCCAAAGGAGCUCCUAGGCCACAAGAACUGCAUCGAUGAAAUUGAGAACGUAAUCAGUAUUAAGCUCCAGCUCAUCGGAAUUGUUGGUAUUGGAGUUGCAGGUCUCACAAUCUUUGGCAUGAUAUUCAGCAUGGUCCUUUGCUGCGCAAUACGGAACUCGCGAGAUGUGAUUUGAAGCUACUUCAUCAUGCUUUUAUACUGAGUGUCACAAGAGCUGUCUCAGCUCGUUUUUAACAUUCAGGACAUUAGGAUCUAAAAUAAGUUGCUGUCAAUUGUACAUUUGCACAUGUAUGUAUGUCUGGCUUGUUACUGGUUUGCUCCUGGAGUGAAUGUCCAUGUGUGUUGACGGAGAACAUAUUCAAGUGUGGUCUGUGGGUUUCUGGUAUGUGCAUUACACAUCAUGAACUCUGUUCUCUGGGAAUUCCUACUUCUUGUUAUGUAAGAGGUAUAACUUAUUCAAGUACCAGGAAAACUAAAAAACAAAGCUUUGAGAAACUUUAAAACUUAGCUAUUCGGAAAAUGUGAUAAUGGAUCAGUUUCUCAGACUUUAGCCAUGAAAGUCAGAUGCCUAAGACAAUGCAGGAUUUCUAGUUAAUGGAAGCAAUAAGCCUAUUAGAAUCGAGAGAGGAUAGAGCAGUGUCAGGACUGGCUGCGUCUGAGUUGAGUGUAAGGGUUUCUUGGGAUUUUUUUUGUAUACAUGCUCCCACACACACACAAUGCAGUAAACCACAGUUUUAGAACUGAACACAUCUGUAAAACUAAAUAUAGCAUGGAAAAUCUAAUUUGAACAAGUCAUGCUUUCCUAGAAUUUAAAAAAAAAAAAA